GCAGGCUUUUUCAAAUCACGAAUAUAGAUUAGCUGUGGCUACGACAAGAUGACUGGACAGAGCCCUUUAAGCAGAGAGGCAGAGAGGCAGAGGGGCAUGGUGAUAUUUAAAGAAUGUCUACGUACGAGCCCAGCCAAAAAAGCAGUCUUACCUGCCUAUUUUUGUUUCUGCUGACGGGAGCUAGAGGGUGUGUGAACGGACAGAAUGCUUUGAGCAGACAAGUUGAACGGUGCCUAAAAUUAACUCGCGACAAUUGCUAUGCCUUUUUAUACUCUUCCUUUUUCUUCUUUUUCUUUUUCUUCUUCUCUUCAAAAAUCCUUCGCAACUUUUUUCUCCUUCCAUUUCUGAAUAAAACGCACAUAUCCACUUCCUUAUCACAAAACUACCUAUACCUCAUAUUUUUUAUCAUGUCUACUUCUGAUAUUUCUUCCUCACCCCCAGGUUCCUCGCCCUUGAACGAGAACUCCCAGCCCGCACCUGCAGCUGCACCCGCAGCAACCAAAGUGCAGGGUCUCGCACGGCGGUAUUCUGCUCUAGCAAAGGCUGCUGAGAAAGACAAAUACGUACCACAAAACAAGAUUGACAAGCCAAGAGGAAACAGCAAGCUUAACGACUCCACCACGGCUGCAGCAACGACUCCAUCUAAAAAUGCCGCAGCUGCAUCAACUGUUGCCCAGCCCCUUGCCAAGACAUCAGAGGUCCAAGAGGAGAAGAAAAUUGAUUCAGAUUCAAAGGUCUCGGAAUUGACAGAUAAGAUCAAGGAUGCUGAUCUUGCUGAUGUGAAAGAAGAAACAAAAGAGGAGCAAGAGGAGGAGCAGACUGAGGAACAGGAGCAAGUAGAACAGGAGCAGGAGCCUGUCCAGGAGCAAGAGCCAGUCCAGGAGAAGGUCAUCGUUCAAGACGUUGAAGAUGUCACAUCUGCUCCUAUUGCAGUCCAGGAAGCACCCGAGGUUCCCGAGCCUGCUUCAACCGAGGCCAAGGAGGAAAGCCAAGUUGCUGAAACUGUCGCUGAGACUGAGAAGAAGGAGGAAGAGGAGCCCAAGGUUGUUUCUGCUGAUUCAUAAACGUCGGGAUGAACGCUCAGAUCACAAAUCAUGUCUGUGGGAAAGAGCAAACAAGUAAAGCCAAGUAUAAAAACAUGAAGUUAAUAAAUAUUAAUACAGAAAAGAGAACUGAUAGCUUAAAGUAUAUAUGUUCACAUUGAAAUAUCUGGACCCUGGAGAAAAAGAAUAAAGCCAAAACGUUAUUUCCUUC